AUGGAUUCCUCAGAUGAUUAGGAUUAUGAUGGAGAAGAUGAAAGUGAUGAUAAAUCAUAAGAUGACAAGUUGAUAGGGAUUUAGAAAGUCAACGAAAAUUCUGAUGCUAUAGUUGAGUCGUUUAAACCAUAAGAAAAAAUUGAAUCAAGUAAAAUCUUAAAUGAAACAGGUAUUAUGAAUGAUAUUUGCAUUCAGUAGGAUAAUGAAGGAAAUACAUUCUAAGUAUAGUAGAUAAAUUUGGAAAAUAUAUUGAAAAAUGAUGAAAAUUAAGGAGAAAAAAUUAAAUCAAUGAGAAAUCCAAAGCCACCAAUACCUCUAGGCAGCCAAAGAUAGAAAUAAAAUCUAUUUGAGUCUCUUUAAGGAGAUAUAAACUAAAAAUUACUAAAGCUAUCUGCAAGGAAUUAGUCUAAAAAGAGGAACUAAUAGUAAUCAUAAAAGCUAUCAUUUGCCAAGAAUAAAAUUAAAUCAGCAGGAGCCAGCGACGAAAGCACAUUGACAAACCCUAAUUCUACAUACAGAAAAUUGUUCAAUAGAAAUCUUAAAUUUUUCUUGUGGGUUAUUGAAAAGGAGGAACCUCCUUAUAUCUUCAAGAUGCAUAUCUAAUCAAUGAAUCAAAAUGAUAUUGAUAAGUAAAUGAUUAUCUAGGCUAUUAAAAAAGCUCUUCUAAACUAAUUAGGCCAUGACUUUAUUAAAUCUAUUGAUGUGAGAACAUUUUAAAAAAAGAACUAAUUCAAAGUAUUUCUUGAGAUAGAAGAUAGGAUAGAUGCUUAAAAGCUAUUCAAAAAAUUCUUUAAGAUGUCAAAGUUGUCAUUUUUUGAUUAAAAUGGAGCUAAACUAUUUGACCGAGACAUGAGAGCAUAUUUGGUAAAAGAUGAAGCUACAUUUGAGAGGCUAGCUAAUUAAAAACUUGUUGAGGAUGGCUAUAGAUCAAAUGAAAGUAAAUAAGAGAUAUGGAGUAAGGGUUCUUCAUCUUCAAUAGGUAGUUGUAAAGGAAGAGGCAGCAUUUUAAAUAGUAGUGAUGAGAGUACUGCUGCAAAAGGGAAUAGUAAUUCUCAAAGAGGUAGUGGUAGAGGAAGUGGGCGUAGGAAAGGCUAAGGACCAAAUAAUUUUUCAUAGUUGGAUAAUGGAAGAAAUAAUUCGGCUGAGAACAUAUUAGACAGUCUUAACAAUAAAAUAUCAGAUUAAGAAUCUAAUAAUGAGGAUGCAAAAGAAGAGCAAAAAAUCAAUGUAAAUGAUUAGCCUAAUAAUUAAUUAAACGAACCUCAAGUAAGAAGUGAUAUCCCAAAACCCCCAAACAAGAAACGAAGACCAAGGAAAAAUAAGAAAAAGCUUAUUGAUUAAAACAGUAUUUCAAUUGAAUAAAUAGACAGUGAGGAUUAGCAUUUAAAAUAAGAGUCAGAGUUAUAAUUUGAAACUUUUGAUAUUAUUUAGCUAGGCACAACCCCUAAGAAAAAAGAUGCACCAAUUUAGCAAUAAUCAGUAAAUGAAACUUUUGAAGAUCUCGAAUCUUUUGUAGAGAAUUUGAUUUCAAAAACUUUUAUCAGUGAAAUGUAGUCACUUGCAUUUGAUUGCUUAAAGGAUAUAAAUAUAGAGAUAUCUUCAUUGAUGAUUAAUGAAAAAGCAUAGCUAGAGCAAUAAAAAUUUGCAUAAAAUCAAGUUAAACCCCCGAGAAGUCCUGACAAUAAAAAAUAAAAGAUAAAAUAAUACUACGUAAGAAAAUAGGACAAAGUAUCUGUAGAAUAAUAAAACUAAGAAUUUAAAGAAAACCCAAUCAAUUACUCCAGUAGUAAUUAGACUGAAGAAAGGAAAGAUAGUUAUAAGGGGAUCUAAGUUUAUAAUUAAACAAAUGAAUACUAGAAUGAUUAUCUUGAAGAUUUGCCACCUUAGCCAACAAGGAGAGUCACAUAUAACCCUGAAAUAAUUGAUGAUAAAGAUGAUUAUUCUAAUUCAUAGCAGUAGUCAAGUCGGAAAGUGUAGUAUAAACCUCAAAUUAGUAAAGAUAUAAAAAAGGGAUAACUUAAAACCCCUAGAGGACCUACAGGGAACUAAGGUAAAUAUUUUUACCAAUAAAAAUGA